UUUUUAAAACCGGAAGCUGGUUUUAACUCCUUGUGUCAGUUCUUGGAUCUUUCGCACACCGGCACUCUCAUCACCACUUCGAGAUCGAUCUCUCUCUCUCUCUCUCUCUCCUCAUAUCAUAUUCCGCGUUUGACCGGCAAACCUCGCCUACAUCGAAGGUUAGGGUUUUGAUCUUUUCUCGUUUCCGACUUCUCCACGCAGUUAUUUUUCAUCGCCUCACUCUGUCCGUCUUUCAGAUUCCCGCCUUGACUUUGUUCUCAUCUCAAUUUCUCUCUUCAACCUUCACCCAAACAUGAUCUGCUUUAUGAUUUGCUGAACACGUUCGAUCUCCGUUGCCAUUGCUUUUGUAUUUAUAUCAAUUUUAGGCCAGGUUGAUUCAGUGUGUGUUCUUUUAAAAGAAAAAUUACCUAUGAAAGUGGUGGGUUCUGAGAGUCCGAACGAUUCUUCGCCACAAUUGGCGAAGAAGUACGGCAUCACAAAGCCGAUCUCUCUUGCUGGGCCCGCUGAGGCUGAUCGUCACCGCAAUAUGGAACUGGACAAGUUCUUGAUUGAUUCGGGGCUGUAUGAGAGUAAGGAUGAAGCUGAGAGGAGAAAAGAGGUCCUGGACCGCAUUGAUCAGAUUGUAAAAGGUUGGGUCAAGCAGUUAACCCGCCAGAGAGGCUACACAGAUCAGAUGGUGGAGGAUGCAAAUGCUGUCAUUUUUACUUUUGGCUCUUAUCGUCUGGGGGUCCAUGGGCCAGGGGCUGACAUUGACACAUUGUGUGUGGGGCCAUCAUAUGUGAAUCGAGAUGAAGAUUUUUUUGUGGUUUUGCAUAAUAUUCUGGCUGAAAUGGAAGAAGUUACUGAGCUUCAGCCAGUUCCAGAUGCUCAUGUCCCAGUUAUGAAAUUCAAGUUCCUGGGAAUAUCGAUUGAUCUUCUCUAUGCGAGUAUAUCUCUUUUGGUAGUUCCAGAAGACCUGGACAUCUCGGAUGGAUCUGUGCUGUACAAUGUUGAUGAGCAAACUGUCCGAAGUCUUAAUGGCUGCAGGGUUGCAGAUCAAAUUCUUAAACUUGUUCCAAAUGUUGAGCACUUUCGCAUGACACUCAGAUGCUUGAAGUUUUGGGCUAAAAUGCGAGGUGUUUAUUCAAAUGUGACUGGAUUCCUUGGUGGCGUAAAUUGGGCUCUUUUGGUUGCUCGGGUAUGCCAGCUUUAUCCCAAUGCCAUUCCUAGUAUGCUGGUUUCUCGAUUCUUCAGAGUUUAUACACAAUGGCGUUGGCCGAACCCUGUGAUGUUAUGUUCAAUAGAAGAGAAUGAACUUGGGUUUCCUGUAUGGCAUCCUCGCAAAAACCCUAGGGACCGACUUCAUCACAUGCCAAUAAUAACUCCUGCAUACCCUUGUAUGAAUUCUAGCUACAAUGUCUCAGGAAGUACUCUCCGUGUUAUGGUGGAGCAGUUCCACCAUGGUCAUAGGAUCUGUGAGGAUAUUGAACUGAACAAAGCCCAAUGGAGUGCUCUAUUUGAGCCGUAUCUAUUCUUCGAAGCAUACAAAAACUAUUUACAGGUGGAUGUAAUUGCGGCUGAUGCUGAUGAUAUGCUAGCUUGGAAGGGAUGGGUGGAAUCUCGGUUUAGACAGCUUACCCUGAAGAUAGAGAGGGACACAGAUGGGAUGCUUCAGUGCCAUCCUUGUCCAAAUGAAUAUGUAGACAUGUCCAAGCCGUGUUCUCAUUGUGCUUUCUUCAUGGGCUUGCAGAGGAAAGAGGGUGUUAGAGGUCAAGAAGGCCAGCAAUUUGAUAUACGUGGAACAGUUGAUGAGUUCAGGCAAGAGAUCAAUAUGUACAUGUUUUGGAAACCAGGGAUGGAUAUUUUUGUUUCUCAUGUUCGUCGAAAGCAGCUCCCUGCUUUUGUUUUCCCUGAUGGUUAUAAACGAUCUCGAUUGUCAAGGCACAUAAGCCAGCAGGCUGAAAAAACUUGUGAAGAUGUCGUGGGGUGCCAGUCUGCGUUUAAGGAAAGGCGUCCCAAGAGGAAAAAUGAUCCUGCAAUGAUGGAUGCGGAGCCCAGUAAUCCAAAUAAGCGAGUUUCUAUUAGAUUAGGGUGUUUAACGACUGGGGAUGUAGAUAUUAAUUCUGAGGUUAGGUCUUGUGGUAUACAGUUGGGGAGUGAAGAGGAGGGUGUCAAACAAAAUCAUGUGCAUAAUGGUGAAACUGUUGUUGAUGACUCUGUCAGCCAAGCUGAGCAAACUUUUGUGAGUGAUAAGUUGCCCGAAGUUAAAAAUGAAGUACUGUUAACUGAUGCAGUGGAGAAACCUUCACCCAUGGAGUUGCUCGCUUCAUAUGAGUUACCUAAUGCUGUAACUGGGGAAGCAUAUCAGAUUGGUCUGAAUGGGGACAAAGUCGGGGUAGCUUUCAUGUAACCAAAGCACUGGAGAAACCUGCAGGAAACUGCUUACAUGGAUAAAAUACCUGCAGGAAACUGUCAAAGCCGGGGUAGCUUUCAUGUAACCAAAGCACUGGAGAAACCUGCAGGAAACUGCUGAAUUGGAGGAAGAUGCUGAUAAAAAAUUAGUCAAACCAUGAAAUCAGGCGAUUAAAUAAAAUGCUGAAAGUGGGCUCAAACUAAGUUGCAGUACUUGGAACCUCCGGUGCAAUUUGGUUGUGGGCAUCUUAGGGGUGUCAAUGAGAAAAAUCGAAGUUCUGGAGAUAAGUGGGAGUCUUAAAUCAUUUCAGGACGAUGCAUGUGAUGCAGAUACUGAUUUGCUUUUGGCAAAUGGGCGUUUCGAUACGAGCGGAGCAUUUCAAAAAGACUUGCCUCAAGACAUGGAGGUUCUGAAUCUAAACUUUCUGAUCCUUUUUCUAUCAAGUGUCUCCGCCUCUUUUCUCCCUCCUUUUAUCUCUCUGUGGUUAUGUGGUUGGGUUACUGACGGAGAGCAAGCCUGUUUGUAGGUUCCCAAUUCAUUUUAGACUCUAAUUCUUAUGGAAUCCCCCCUCACUCUUUUUUUCUCUCUAUCUGGCUGGAUCAUUCGGGAGAGAGAAAGCUCUUUUGUGGGUUGUUGUUUCAUUCUCCAUAUGCUGUUAUCGAAAUUAUUCUAUGGAAUUUUGCUUUUUCUUAAUCAUUUGAUAAUUCUAAUUUUUUGCACAGAAAAUCUCCCAACUGGUGCAUAUGUGGUGGCAGGUCCUGCACCACUAUACAUCAUGCUCACAGUGACUGUGCAUAGAACCUGGCUAUCUUUAUAUCUCUAAGACUCAGAGACAUGACACUCUCCUCUUGUUUCUGGUCUCUAAUAUAUUGUUAUGGGGCCUAACUUGUUCUUUUACCCCUGCUUUUGUCUUGUGUAGCCAAAUAUUGCACUUGAGAAUGUUGUAAAUUCCGGGCUAGAUCAGAAUCUAUGAAAGUGCCGAUGACAAGGCAUGUUAUCCAAACUUUAGGUUUUUUUAAUGCAAGUCAUAAUAUCUUUAUACCGUGCUGUUUCUUGUGUACAACUCUUGUAUGCAGGUUUUGUCUCUUAACAGCUUAAAUACUCAGGUGGUGACUAUAACUGAACGGGGGUUCGUUUCUAUGAAAGGAGAGAGCCAGCACCUUGGUAAGUGACACAUUCCUUGCUGGCUUUCAUUAUGGUUUUUUCCAGGUGUGCAUUGUCUCUGGUCUUGUGAGCUGAGAGCUGGGGUCGGCAAAGUGAAGACAUCCCAUAGCUUGGCGUGGAUUUUUAGGUUUCACUGUGCUGCUGAAUGCUAUUAUAAAGCACGAUGGUGCUUUGAAGACUGGUCUCCGUUUUCUACUUUUCUUUUGCUGGUGGAUGUGAUGAUGAAAGAACUCCUUUUAACUAGGACAAACAAGUUUUUUUUUUUUUUUUUUUUUUUGGCGGGGGGGUCUAUUUUUCCCACCCUAAACUGUUGUAGUUUGUGGGCUUUCUUCCCCCUUGAGAGUUCUCUAAACCUUGUAGCUUCUAGAGAUGAUUUAUUGUAACAAGAAUUUUGUUGAACC